AUGCCUAGUUGGCAGUCGGCAGUCGGUGCCAUGCAAGGGAUCGGGUACAGCUGCGUAGCAGACAACAGCCCAAACUGCACCAAAGCCAUGAACUCACCUGGUUUAGCAACUAAAAGUGAGAUUCCUGCUAUUAUCUAUUACAAUGCGACACCUUUCUUACUUACCAACUGGCAUUGCAAGUUUCCUGGCACACUCCUGGCCCAACAGCUACCGCAGAAGAUCGAUAUCCACCAUCACUUCGUGCCCGAUUUCUUUCGUCAGGCUGUCGAAGAUGCAGGCGGCGACCCGACGGGCUUGCCAGUCCCCGCAUGGACUGUCGAGGACUCCCUCCAGAACAUGCGGGACAAUGGUGUUCGAAAGGCCAUACUUUCUUUGACCACUCCAGGUGCAGUUAUUACAGGCAACAAUGAUACGGCGCGGUCGCUAGCUCGAAGGGUCAAUGAAUAUGCCGCCAGCUUGCGCGACCAGUACCCCGAGCAGCUCGGAUUCUUCGCUGCGCUGCCAUCUCUUCUGGAUGUACCCGGCACCCUGGCUGAAAUCGAAUAUUCCCUCGACACCCUUAAAGCCGACGGGGUCACCGUAUUCACUCGCUACGGCGAUGGAAACAACUACCUAGGUCAUUCUCAGUUCACUCCCAUAUGGAAGGAACUAGAUACCCGCAAGACCGUGGUCCAUAUCCAUCCUACCAUGCCCGAGAACACCAAUUGGAUUGAUCCUAUCAUGCCACCUCCAAUGCUUGACUUUCCGCAGGAGACUACACGGACUGCCAUAGACAUGAUUGUUAGUAAUGUCACGCAGCAGUUCCCGGACUGUCCCAAGGUCUUGUCGCACGCGGGUGGGACCUUGCCGUAUUUGAUCUCGAGGGUGGCUGUGACUUCUCGGGAUACGAUGGCCGCAAAGGGUCCUUAUGGCAAGACCUACUUUGAGUUGAUGGAGGCACUGCGCUCGUUUUAUUACGAUCUUGCUCUGUCGAGUGCUCCCGCGGUCUUGAAUCUUUUGUUGGACCUGAUACCGCAUGACCACAUUAUGUAUGGUGAGUGUUUCCAUCCAAGACAUAUAAUGAUAGCUGCUGAAGAAGUAAGUAGGAUCCGAUUAUCCGAAUGCCCCGCCAAUUAA